AUGCGCAGCCAACUCGUGUACACAGCAGCAUUUGCCUUUUCUAUAGGUUCUUCUGAAGCGGCAUGGAAUCACAACGACUACCUCUAUAGCCCUACCCCGGACGAGAUUCCCAACCCGGAUGCAACGGGCCUCCAGUGGGAAGAUGCCUUUACACGGGCCUCGGAUUUUGUCUCCCAGCUAACUACCGAAGAGAAAGUGAGUCUAGUCUCAGGAACGGAAGGGCCUUGUGUAGGGAAUAUUGCGCCCAUCUACCGUCUCAACUUCACAGGGCUCUGUAUCCAAAAUGGCCCCUUAGCACUGGAGCAGGGCACUUACUCCUCUGUCUUCCCUGCGGGCAUUACUAUCGCCGCAACCUGGGACAAGAAUAUUGCCUACGAAAGAGGGAGUCAGAUGGCUGCCGAGUUCCGGGGCAAGGGGUCGCAGGUUCUUCUUGGGCCGGUUGCUGGUCCUCUUGGCCGGUCGGGUCUGGGUGGAAGAAACUGGGAAGGCUUCUCACCAGACCCCUAUUUAACGGGAGAGCUGUUCACGGAGACCAUCCUUGGUAUCCAGGACACCGGUGUACAGGCAUGCGCCAAGCACUUCAUCGGUAAUGAGCAAGAAACUCAACGGCAACCCUCCCAGAAUGAAGAAGGCACCACGAUUGAGAGUGUCUCUUCCAAUAUUGACGACCGCACUAUGCACGAGCUCUAUGUGUGGCCAUUUCAACAAGCGGUCAGGGCCGGAGUGGCUACGGUAAUGUGCAGCUACAACCGCCUGAACCAAACCUACGGAUGCCAGAACAGUAAGGUGCUGAAUGGUAUUCUCAAAGAGGAGCUUGGUUUCCAAGGGUACGUGAUGUCAGACUGGGGUGCUACACACAGUGGUGCCUUUGCCAUUAACGCUGGCGAGGACAUGGAUAUGCCGGGCACUGCAAGCUUUGGGACUGUAUUCUUCCACGAAAAUCUGACCAAAUCUGUUGAAAAUGGAUCUGUGUCAAUGGAACGCUUAGACGACAUGUGCCGCAGAGUCAUGACACCAUAUUUCCACCUUAAUCAGGACAAGGGUUUCCCAGCCCUGGACCCGGUCAACGUGGAGCUCAAUGCAGUUCUCUUCUCUAGCCCCAAUGAGUACAAAUACAAUUACACCUAUGGACCAGUCGCCAAUGUUGACGUCCGCGGCAACCAUGGAGAAGAGAUCCGGAAGCAAGCUGCGGACGGUAUCGUACUUCUUAAGAACACCAACAACACACUUCCCCUGAAGUCUCCGAAGCAGAUCGCGGUUUUCGGCAAUGACGCUGGAGAUUUCACGAACGGCAUGUCCGUUUUCUACUUCAACGGCGUUGGUAACUACGAAUACGGCGUGCUUGCAGCAGGUGGAGGCUCUGGAUCAGGUCUCUUCUCGUAUAUAGUCAGUCCUCUGGAGGCAAUUAAGAAGCGCGCUGGCUUCCGAAGUCAGACUCUCGUGCAAUACGUACUGAACAACAGUGCUAUUAUUGAAGAGGAUAGCCCAUACCUCAAAGCGCUACUCCCUUCGUCCCCGGACGUCUGCCUCGUCUUCCUAAAAAGCUGGGCAACCGAAGGCGAAGACCGCACGUCGCUCCAUUUGGACUGGAACGGCGACGAGGUUGUCCAGAAGAUCGCGUCUACGUGCCCAAAUACAGUGGUUGUGACCCACUCCAACGGUGUCAAUAUCCUGCCCUGGGCGGACCAUCCCAAUGUAACCGCCAUCCUGGCCGCCCACCUUCCAGGUCAAGAAGCCGGCAACAGCAUCGUCGACGUGCUUUGGGGAGAUGUCAAUCCGUCCGGCCAUCUGCCCUACACAAUCGCAGAAACACAAUCUGACUAUUCUUUUGCUCCGAUUCAAAAUGCUACGGCUCUCCAAAACACCAAUGAUCCAGGAGCCUGGCAAUCUGAUUUUAAGGAAGGGGUGCUGAUUGAUUACCGUGCGUAUUUCUCCGACCUGCGACAUUUCGAUUACUAUAACAAAACGGUACAAUACGAAUUUGGAUACGGUCUUUCGUACACAACCUUUGCGAUUGGAAAGAACAUCUCCAUCACUCCUCUAUUCAACGGAGAUUUAUCGGCUCUACCGGCGGAUGCAAAGGUCAUCCCUGGAGGAAAUCCCAAUCUCUGGGAAGCGCUUUACAGAAUAUCCAUUACCGUAAAAAACACCGGAGAUGUUGCUGGGGCCGCUGUACCACAGCUUUACUUGAGCUUUCCUAAGGACACGACUCGGGCCGCUUCGCCAGUGAAUAUUCUUCGGGGAUUUGAGAAGGUACACCUCCAGCCUGGAGAGUCUAGAACGGUCGCAUUUGAGUUGACGAGAAGGGAUAUUAGUAACUGGGAUGUUACAAGGCAGCAAUGGGUGAUAGCAAGCGGGCUGAUGCAAGCGCACGUUGGGUUUUCGAGUAGGGACUUCCAGGCGACAGGCUUGUUCACUCCGAUCCGCGAAUAUGAGGAUUAA